GGGCUCAAAUCCUCAUCAACUUCGAUUGAUUCUUCUUCCCUCGAUCGCUUGCUGCAGUGUGAAGUUUCUUCUUCUUGCCUUGGAAACAAAGAUAAAAUCUUGAGCCGAUUCCAUGUCUUCCCUCUCGUUCCCGACGACAACGGCCGCGCUCCGUCACGGGGCAUACCACGGCCCGGCGCUGCCGAAGAGAAGAUCGCCGUCGGCGACGGCUCGCUGUGCCGCGUUCCGCCGGAAUACGAGCGGCGGCGGGGGCCAGUACGGCGGCGCGCUGGUGGACGAGGGCAUGUCCGUGCUGCGGCGCAGGAUCCGGGAGGCGCGGAUGGCGGAGACCAACUACGAGGCGCCCGCCGAGUGGGCGGCGUGGGAGAAGCGGUACUACCCCGCCUACGUCUCCGACGUGUCAGGCCUCGUCGGCGCGCUGCAGCUGAUGCUCAUGGGCACCAGGCCCAGCGUCGCCAUUGCUGUCGCGGCCUUGGUGCUCGGCAGUGUGCCGGUGUCCGCCGUCGCCGCGCUGCACCAUCUGGCGGCGGUGGCCGAGGCCGUCCUGCAGUCUGUGCACCACGUUUCUUGAUUGAGUCCAAAAAAGAAUCAUGGCCUCGAGGCAAUCUGGCCCGUGUAUAGUAGUAGCACUGCACUAUACUAGCAAAUUCUUUUGUUUGUUUGCACCUGUAUGCAAAUUCUUUUUAGUCUUGACAAUUCUUUGCAGUGUCAUCUGAAAUCAAUCGAUUUUCAAACAGUGGAGGAUUUGCAAUAGAUUGCUACAGUAGUAAUGUUCGACUUAA